AUGCUCUUGGACAAGGCAAGCUCGUGGACCGGGCAAGCUCCUAGACCAAGCAAGCUCCUGGACCAGGCCCGCUCGCAAACUCGAGGACCAAGCACGCUCCUGGACGUGGACGUGGACGUGGACGUGUACAUGGACGUGGACAUGGACGUGGACGUGGACGUGGACCUGGACGUGGACGUGGACGUGGACGUGGACGUAGACGUGGAGGACUUGGACGUGGACAUGGAUGUGGACGUGGACGUGGACGUGGACGUGGAGGUGGACGUGGACAUGGACGUGGACGUGGACGUGGACGUGGACGUGGACGUUGACGUGGACAUGGAAGUGGACGUGGAUAUGGACGUCGACGUGGUCGUGGACAUGGACGUGGAUGUGGACGUUGACGUGGACGUAGACGUGGACAGGGAAGUGGACCUGGACGUGGACGUGGACGUGGACGUGGACGUUGACGUGGACAUGCACGUGGACGUGGACGUGGAUGUGGACGUGGACGUGUACGUGGACGUGGACAUGGACGUGGACGUGGACUUGGACGUAGACGUGGACCUGGACGUGGACAUGGACGUGUACGUGGACGUAGACGUUGACAUGGAUGUAGACGUGGAGGACUUGGACGUGGACAUGGACGUGGACGUGGACGUGGACGUGGACGUGGAGGUGGACGUGGACAUGGACGUGGACGUUGACGUGGACGUGGACGUGGACGUGGACGUUGACGUGGACAUGGAAGUUGACGUGGACAUGGACGUCCACGUGGUCGGGGACAUGGACGUGGACGUGGACGUGGACGUGGACGUGGACGUGGACAGGGAAGUGGACCUGGACGUGGACGUGGACGUUGACGUGGACGUGGACGUGGACGUUGACGUGGACAUGGACGUGGACGUGGAUGUGGACGUGGACGUAAACGUGGACGUGGACGUGGACGUGGACGUGGACAUGGACGUGGACAUGGACAUGGACGUGGACGUGGACGUGGACGUGGACGUGGACGUGGACAUGGACAUGGACGUGGACGUGGACAUGGACGUGGACCUGGACAUGGACGUGGACCUGGACGUGGACCUGGACGUUGACGUGGACAUGGACGUGGACAUGGACGUGGACGUGGACGUGGACGUGGACAUUGUCGUGCACGUGGUCGUGGACGUGGACGUGGACGUGGACAUGGACGUGGACGUAGACGUGGACAUGGACGAGGACGUGGAGGACAUGGACGUGGACAUGGACGUGGAAGUAGACGUGGACGUGGACAUGGACGUGGACAUGGACGUGGACAUGGACGUGGACAUGGACGUGGACGUGGACAUGGACGUGGACGUGGACGUGUACGUGGACGUGGACGUGGGCGUGGACUUAGACGUGGAGGACUUGGACGUGGACGUGGAGGUGGACGUGGAGGUGGACGUGGACAUGGACGUCGACGUGGUCGUGGACAUGGACGUGGACGUGGACGUGGAGGUGGAGGACUUGGACGUGGACAUGGACGUGGACGUGGACGUGGACGUGGACGUUGACGUGGACGUUGACGUGGACGUGGACGUGGACGUGGACGUGGACAUGGACGUGGACGUGGAGGACAUGGACGUUGACAUGGACGUGGACGUAGACGUGGACGUGGACGUGGACAUGGACAUGGACGUGGACGUGGACAUGGACAUGGAGAUGGACGUGGACGUGGACGUGGACAUGAACGUGGACGUGGACGUGGACGUGGAUAUGGACGUGGACAUGGACAUGGACAUGGACGUGGACGUGGACGUGGACGUGGACGUGGACGUGGACGACUUGGACGUGGACAUGGACGUGGACGUGGACGUGAACGUGGACGUGGACGUGGACGUGGACGUGGACAUGGACGUGGACGUGGACGUGGACGUGGAAGUGGACAUGGACGUAGACGUGGACGUGGACGUGGACAUGGACGUCAACGUGGUCGUGGACAUGGACGUGGAUGUGGACGUGGACGUGGAUGUGGACGUGGAGGACUUGGACGUGGACGUGGACGUGGACAUGAACGUGGACGUGGACGUGGACGUGGAUAUGGACGUGGGCAUGGACAUGGACAUGGACGUGGACGUGGACGUGGAUGUGGACGUGGACGACUUGGACGUGGACAUGGACGUGGACGUGGACGUGAACGUGGACGUGGACGUGGACGUGGACGUGGACAUGGACGUGGACGUGGACGUGGACGUGGACGUGGACAUGGACGUGGACGUGGACGUGGACGUGGACAUGGACGUCAACGUGGUCGUGGACAUGGACGUGGAUGUGGACGUGGACGUGGAUGUGGACAUGGACGUGGACAUGGACGUGGACGUGGACGUGGACGUGGACGUGGACGUGGACAUGGACGUGGAUGUGGACGUGGACAUGGACAUGGACGUGGACGUGGACGUGGACGUGGACGUUGACGUGGACAUGGUCGUGGACGUGGACGUGGACGUGGACAUGGACGUGGACGUGGACGUCGACGUGGACGUAGAUAGGGACGUGGACCUGGACGUGGACGCGGACAUGGAUAUGGACAUGGAUGUGGACGUGGACAUGGACGUGGACAUGGAUGUGGACGUGGACAUGGAUGUGGACGUGGACGUGGACGUGGAUGUGGACAUGGACGUGGACGUGGAAGUGGACAUGGACAUGGACGUGGACGUGGACGUGGACGUGGAAGUAGACAUGGACGUGGACGUGUACGUGAACGUGGACGUGGACGUGGACGUAGACGUGGAGGACUUGGACGUGGACGUGGACAUGGACGUGGACAUGGACGUGGACUUGGACGUGGAGGUGGAGGUGGACGUGGACGUGGACGUGGACGUGGACGUGGACGUGGACGUGGACGUCGACAUGGACGUGGAUGUGGACAUGGAGGUGGACAUGGACGUGGACGUGGAGGUGGACGUGGACAUGGACGUGGACGUGGUCGUGGACGUGGACGUGGUCGUGGACAUGGAUGUGGACGUGGACGUGGACAUGGACGUGGACGUGGACGUGGACGUGGUCGUGGACGUGGACGUCGACGUGGACGUGGACAUGGACGUGGACGUGGACGUGGAGGACAUGGACGUGGACAUGGACGUGGACGUGGACGUGAACGUGGACGUGGACGUGGACGUGGACAUGGACGUGGACGUGGACGUGGACGUGGACAUGGACGUGGACGUGGUCGUGGACCUGGACGUGGUCGUGGACAUGGAUGUGGACGUGGACGUGGACAUGGACGUGGACGUGGACGUGGACGUGGUCGUGGACGUGGACGUCGACGUGGACGUGGACAUGGACGUGGACGUGGACGUGGAGGACAUGGACGUGGACCUGGACGUGGACGUGGACGUGAACGUGGACGUGGACGUGGACAUGGACAUGGACGUGGACGUGGACGUGGACAUGGACGUGGACGUGGACGUAGAUGUGGACGUCGACGUGGACGUGGACUUGGACAUGGAUGUGGAUGUGGACAUGGACGUGGACGUGGACGUGGACAUGGACGUGGACGUGGACGUGGACGUCGAUAUGGACGUAGACGUGGACGUGGACGUGGAUGUGGACGUGGACGUGGACCUAGACGUGGACCUGGACGUGGACGUGGAUGUGGACAUGGACGUGGACGUGGACGUAGACGUGGACAUUGUCGUGGACGUGGACAUUGUCAUGGACGUGGACGUGGACGUGGACGUGGACGUGGUCUUGGACGUGGACGUGGACGUGGACGUGGUCGUGGACGUGGACGUGGACGUGGACGUGGACGUGGACGUCGACAUGGACGUCGACGUGGACGUGGACGUGGACGUGGACAUGGACAUGGACAUGGACGUCGACGUGGACGUGGACGUGGACAUUGUCGUGGACGUGGACGUAGACGUGGACGUGGUCGUGGACGUUUACGUGGACGUCGACGUGGACGUGGACAUUGUCGUGGACGUGGACAUGGACGUGGAUGUGGACGUGGACGUGGUCGUGGACGUGGACGUAAACGUGGACGUGGUCGUGGACGUGGACAUGGACGUGGACGUGGACGUGGACAUGGAAGUGGACGUGGACGUGGAGGACAUGGACGUGGACAUGGACUUGGACGUAGACGUGGACUUCGACGUGGACAUGGACGUGGACGUGGACAUGGACGUGGAGAUGGACGUGGACGUGGACGUGGACAUGGACGUGGACGUGGACGUGGACAUGGACGUGGAUAUGGACGUGGACAUGGACGUGGACGUGGACGUGGACAUGGACGUGGACGUGGACGUGGACGUGGACAUGGACGUGGACGUAGACGUGGACGUAGACGUGGACGUGGACAAGGACAUGGACGUGGACGUGGACAUAGACCUGGACCUGGACCUGGACGUGGACCUGGACGUGGACGUGGACGUGGACGUGGACGUAGACGUGGACAUUGUCGUGGACGUGGACAUUGUCGUGGACGUGGACGUGGACGUGGUCUUGGACGUGGACGUGGACGUGGACGUGGUCGAGGACGUGGACGUGGACGUGGACGUUGACGUGGACAUGGACGUGGACGUGGACAUGGACGUGGACGUGGAGGUGGACGUGGACGUGGACGUGGACGUGGACGUGGAGGUGGACGUGGACGUCGACGUGGACGUGGACGUGGACGUGGACGUCGACGUGGACGUGGACGUGGACGUGGACGUGGUCGUGGACGUGGACGUGGUCGAGGACGUGGACGUGGACGUGGACGUGGUCGUGGACGUGGACGUGGACGUGGACGUGGACGUGGACCUGGACGUGGUCGUGGACGUGGACGUGGACGUGGACGUGGACAUGGACGUGGACCUGGACGUGGACAUGGACGUGGACGUGGACGUGGAGGACAUGGACGUGGACAUGGACGUGGACGUGGACGUGAACGUGGACGUGGACGUGGACGUGGACAUGGACGUGGACGUGGACGUCGAAAUGGACGUGGACGUGGACGUGGACAUGGACAUGGACAUAGACGUCGACAUGGACGUGGACGUAGACGUGGACGUGGACGUGAUGGACGUGGACGUGGACGUGGACGUGGACAUGGACGUGGACGUGGACAUGGACGUGGACAUGGACGUGGACAUGGACGUGGACGUGGACAUGGACGUGGACAUGGACAUGGACGUGGAGAUGGACGUGGACGUGCACGUGGACGUGGACAUGGACGUGGACAUGGACGUGGACGUAGACGUGGACGUGGACGUGGACGUGGACAUGGACGUGGAGAUGGACGUGGACGUGGACGUGGACAUGGACAUGGACGUGGACGUGGACGUGGACAUGGACGUGGACAUGGACGUGGAUAUGGACGUGGACGUGGCAAUGGACGUGGACGUGGACGUGGACAUGGACGUGGACGUAGACGUGGACGUGGACGUGGUUGGGACGUGGACGUGGACAUGGACGUGGACGUGGACAUGGACGUGGACGUGGACCUGGACGUGA